ACUUUUCCCUCAAUUCAAUCAGCCAUCGGCCAUACUCGUUUUCAUCAGAACAGAAGAUCCAAUGGCUUCCUCUCUGAUGGCUUCUCAAGCCACAAUUCUCCAAACUCCUCUGUAUUGUUAUCACCGUCGCAAUCUCUGCCCGAUCGUUCUUUCUUCUCAAAACCACCUUCCACGCCCUCGAAUUUCCACUCUCGCAACCAGAGUUUCCUUCAAACUUCCUAGGGUUUCCGCCUCUUCGCGUAUUCUCUGCAAAGCAUCCCCUACCGCCGAGUCGCCACUCACAGGGUCAACCCGCUCAGCCGUGACACUUCUCGCGCUCGCAAUCGCAGUCUCGAAAGUCGUAGCCCACAACCUUGGUUUGCAUCUGAACGGAUGCCGGUGGGGGGCUCCGGUAUGUUCUGCAGGGACCGCGUUUUUCGCCGCCGCAAAAAGCUCCACUGUUGCUGUGAACACGCCGCUCACGGUGAUCGCUGCUGGGAUGGGUAAAUGGCUUGAUAUAUACAGUGGUGUUUUGAUGAUUAGGGUUUUGCUCAGUUGGUUCCCGAAUAUACCAUGGGAAAAACAGCCACUGUCCGCUAUCAGAGAUCUUUGUGAUCCCUAUUUGAAUCUCUUCAGGAAUAUAAUCCCCCCUAUUUUUGAUACUCUGGAUGUUAGUCCUCUUCUUGCUUUUGCAGUGUUGGGUACACUUGGUUCCAUCCUAUCAGGUACCAAAGUUUUCUGAAGCAAAAUGAUGAAGAAACAUAAACUGUGCUUGAAACCUAUAGACUGUAAAAGUUGUUGUAGUGCCCUUAAACUUUAUUGUUGAAUUCUGCAGUUUUUUGGACAUUUUGUAAUGUUUCUUAGCAAGUAGCAUCCAGAAUGGUUACUUUUGUGUUCAAUUGAUUUAUUUUUGGCACUGGCAGUUUGUAGCUGCAAAUGUUAAGAAAAUGCUGCAUAUAUAUUACCCAGAUAUCAAUUGGAAAAGUAUUGUGUACAUAACUAUAGCAUUUCUUGAUAAUUAUCACUACAUAGUCACCUUAGUGACUAAAGGCUCGUU